UGAGGAGGUGUUUGACUUCUCGAGCGGCCAAAUGACGCAGGCCAAGGCAAAGCAUCUCAAGGACACCAUGUGCAACGAGUUUUCGCACAUAUUCCAGCUCUGCCAGUUUGUCAUGGAGAACUCUCAAAAUGCUCUUCUCGUCCACGCCACGCUUGAAACACUUCUUCGGUUUCUCAACUGGAUUCCGCUGGGUUACAUCUUUGAAACGAAGCUCAUCAGCACACUCAUCUACAAGUUCCUGAAUGUCCCGCUGUUCCGCAAUGUGACGUUAAAGUGCUUGACGGAAAUCAGCGGCGUCAACGCGUCGCACUAUGACGAAAUGUUUGUCCUGCUGUUCACUCAGACAAUGGCACAAUUGGAGCAGAUGUUGCCCCCGACGACGGUCAUCAAGGAGGCCUACUCCAACGGCCAGGAUGACGAGCAGAAGUUCAUCCAGAACUUGAGCUUGUUCCUGUGCACCUAUCUCAAGGAACACGGUGCGCUCAUCGAGAAGCGGGCCGACCUUCUUGAAGUUCUACACGCUGCGUUACAUUACCUGCUGCUCAUCUCCGAAGUGGAGGAAGUGGAAAUCUUCAAAAUCUGCCUGGAGUAUUGGAAUGCGUUGGCCUCGGACCUCUACCGGGAGAUCCCUUACGGCCUCGGGACGGGUGCCCCGCUGUACGUGGGUGGGGAGCCAGCCCGGAGGAGCCCCGGCUCUCCGCAGUCUGCGAGGCGCCUUCUCUACGGACCCGUCCUCACCAAGUUGCGGUACAUAAUGAUUGGCCGUAUGGCAAAGCCCGAAGAGGUGAUCGUCGUCGAGAACGAGCAGGGUGAAGUGGUGCGGGAAUUCAUGAAGGACACGGAUGCCAUCCAGUUGUACAAAAACAUGCGGGAAACACUUGUGUAUCUGACUCAUUUGGACUAUCUUGACACGGAGCGAAUCAUGACGGAGAAGCUACACUUUCAGGUCAACGGCACGGAGUGGUCUUGGAAGAACCUCAACACUCUGUGCUGGGCCAUCGGCUCCAUCAGUGGGGCAAUGCACGAAGAGGACGAGAAGCGGUUCCUGGUGACGGUCAUCAAGGACCUGCUCGGGCUGUGCGAGCAGAAGCGCGGCAAGGACAACAAGGCCAUCAUCGCCUCCAACAUCAUGUACGUAGUGGGGCAGUACCCACGCUUCCUUCGCGCCCACUGGAAGUUCCUCAAGACUGUCGUCAACAAGCUCUUCGAGUUCAUGCACGAGACGCACGAGGGCGUGCAGGACAUGGCGUGCGACACGUUCAUCAAGAUAGCGCAGAAGUGCCGGCGCCACUUUGUCCAGGUGCAGGUGGGCGAGGCGGUGCCCUUCAUCGAGGAGAUCCUGGCCAACAUGAGCUCCAUCAUCUACGACCUGCAGCCCCAGCAGGUGCACACCUUCUGCGAGGCUGUCGGAUACAUGAUCUCCGCGCAAGCCGACCAGGCCCAACAGGAACGCCUCGUCGACCGGUACAUGCUCCUCCCCAACCAGGUCUGGGACGACAUCAUCAAGCAGGCCAGCAAGAACGUCGAUGUCCUGAAGGACCCCGACGCCGUACGGCAGCUGGGCAACAUCCUCAAGACCAACGUGAGGGCGUGCAAGGCCCUGGGCCAUCCGUACGUGACGCAGCUGGGCCGCAUCUACCUGGACAUGCUGAACGUGUACAAAGUGAUGAGCGAGAACAUCAGCGCGGCAGUGGCCCUGAACGGCGAGGGAGUCACCAAGCAGCCGCUUAUCCGCUCCAUGCGCACCGUCAAGAAAGAGACCCUGAAGCUCAUCGCCGGUUGGGUGUCGCGCACCACCGACCCCAAGAUGGUGCUCGAGAACUUCAUCCCACCGUUGCUGGAUGCAGUGCUGCUGGACUACCAGCGGUGCACGGUGCCGGCAGCGCGAGAACCCGAGGUGCUGUCUGCGAUGUCGAUGAUCGUCCACCGGUUAGAGGGCUUCAUCACAUGCGAGAUUCCAAAGAUCUUCGACGCGGUGUUUGAGUGCACGUUGAGUAUGAUCAACAAGGAUUUUGAAGAAUUUCCCGAGCACAGGACAAACUUCUUCCUCCUCCUUCAAGCCGUAGUUACUCACUGCUUCCCCGCACUUUUGAGCAUACCCCCAGCACAAUUCAAGCUCGUCUUAGACUCAAUCAUCUGGGCCUUCAAGCACACCAUGAGGAAUGUGGCCGAUGUUGGUCUGCAGAUCCUGUACCAGCUUCUCCAAAACAUUGGCCAAGAGGAAGUGGCGUCACAAAGCUUCUACCAGACGUACUACACUGACAUCAUGCAGCACCUGUUCUCUGUGGUGACGGACACAUCUCACACGGCUGGCCUGUCAAUGCAGGCAUCCAUCCUGGCCUACAUGUUCAGCAUAGUGGAGGCAAACAAGGUCACUGUGCCACUCAACCCAACGAUGCAAGCCAACGGGAUCACCAACGUGGUCUACGUGCAGGACUUUGUGGCAAACCUGUUGAAGACGGCGUUCAGCCACCUCUCCGAUGCGCAAGUGAAGAUCACUGUUCAGGGUUUCUUCAAUCUCAACCAGGACAUUCAGGCUUUCAAGGAACACCUGAGGGACUUCCUCGUCCAAAUAAGGGAGUACACCGGCGAGGACGACAGCGACCUGUUCCUCGAAGAGCGGGAAGCGGCGCUGCGGCAGGCGGAAGAAGAGAAGCGCAAGAUCCGCAUGCUCGUCCCCGGAAUCCUUAACCCGCACGAGAUUCCCGAAGAGAUGCAGGACUGAGCCUCAGCCCUUGUAUUUAUGUAGAGCUCUCGUCCUUUUUCCUUCCUUCCCCCCGCUCCUCUUCUACACACCAUCCCUUCCUCGGCUCACAAGUUCCUGUUUCCGCUUGCCUUCCUUAUUACCCCACGCAUCGGCCUCUGGAGGGGCAGCACCUCCCUCCUUCCUCUUCAUCCUCCCAUGUGUCCUUAUUUUUUCGCCACAAAAGCUCGUCGCACCCGCCGAACAUCAUUGUUUCGCUUUUUUUUCUUCUUCCCUUUGCACACACACACUCUUCUGGCGCAGUACUCACUUUGGUUGAGGCUAUCUGUGGUUUCACUAGGCACUUUUGCUUCCUAAAUUAUACGUGCCCUCUCCCCCUGUGUGUUGGGACACCCGUGCGUCUUUCCUCCCCAUCAUACCAUUUUUGCAGGCACGCACACAGACAAAAGAAGGCGCGUCGUAUGAACUGCCGUGUGCUAUGCGUGCCACACAACGUCGUGGCCGCUGCGGAGCGUCGCUGGCGGAACGUACCGUGGAUUUGGGAGCGAGCCCAAUGUCUGCGAUCUGGCAGUCGAUCUCGCAGAUGAUUUUUAUUGACCAGCGGGGCAACUGCAGCUGUUUGCGUUUGCCCGUACAAAAUCAGGGCAACCCUCUCACUUUUCUCGGUACGUUCUGCCGGCACGCGUGUGUGCGAGGCUUUUUUUGAGCCCAGCCUUUUUAGAAGCUUGAUGCAAAGAACAGUUGGAACAUUGCGUAUGUUUAUAGUGUCGCGACUGCGGGACUUUGGAACAGUAGUAGGGGGCAGUUCUAGAGAAUGGCGUCGUAGGAACAGAGUGGGGAACACGGCGGUCUCUCGCCCUUUCGUAGUGGCCGUUGUGGGCGAAAGACAAUGCUGGCUUUUUAAGAUUUUGUUCUUUGUAAUCGUCUGAAGUCCAGCAGGGAAGCCCGGCUUCGGUGUGUGGCUGUGUGUGUGCGAGUGGUGGCGGUGUUUGGUUUGUGUGAGUGGUGCCUCGGCGGCGAAGACUUCGCGGAUUCGUCGUCGUCACCGACACCACCGACGGCACUUGCAAGCCAUCGAAGCGCUCGCGACCACGUCUACUUGGGAGGAGGAUGAGGAGGAGAAAGAGGAACGCAUCGUCAACAGUGGGGCGUGAUACAAGCCUGAAGCUUGCUUCUUUGUAAUUCCUUUCUCUCGUCUGUGUCUCUCUCGCUAUAUUUUUUUUUUACGAGUACCGGUAUCGCCACCUAUCCAACGUUGCCGGUACUGACGUGCAUUUUUACAAUAUUGCCCUUGUGGGGCAGCGUUCUACUGUAUGCUGACGUCUCUUUCAUCGUUUUCCCCUCCUCUCGUCCUGAAAGUGCUAGGUCUUUUCGAGUCCUUUCGCCGUGGUUUGUGCAUCUCCCCUCCCCCACUUGUCGGGCAUUUCAGAAGGUUUAUCGUGUGUCUCGUUUUCUUUCUUCUCUCCGUCUCUUCUGUUUGUGCAGGUUUUACCUAUUUAUUUUGGAACAACUCUUCGUUUAAGUCUGUCGUUAGAGUCAGCUGAAGUCAGUCACACAGCUCCGAUAUCCUUAUUUUUUUUUCUUUUUGUGAUCGCAUAUUUGUAAAAAAAACGGUUUCUUUUCUCUUGCAUCCUUCAAGCGCAUUGCAGGUUGCGUCUGAAAAUUAUUAUAAUUUUUUUUUUGGUUUCUCAGAAGUUUUCGUACAGUGACGCCCAUGGUUGUGCUGCAGUUUUAUUUAGUUACGACUUCAGUGUUUUCUCUGGUGGGAAGAACUUUGCGAAGAUCGAGGGAAACCUCGCGAGACGUGGAGAAGUCUUCGCUUUUGCCGUUGCGAUCCCUUUUUUUCGUUUGCUGAAAGAGUGGCAGCAAAGCGGCGUCAUCGCGAGGAGCCCUGAAGACUCUUCGGUUAACGCAGAAGACUCCUCGGCAGAUGCGAAGACUCUUCAGCAGGCGCCGCUUCGACAAGACGGACUUGAGAGGCAACGGAGCGAGCAUUUUUUUACACGUCGGUCACCCUUCAUGCGAAGCGGAUGAGAACAGAACGCCCGUGUGAAUGUGCGUGUUGACGAGAGGCGGCAUUGGGCGGAUUUUUUGCACAUGCCAGUGUGUGUGUGCGUGUGCGUGCUUCACAUUUUUUUCUUCCCAUUUUUCUCUCCCCUUCCAACGAUGACGGAACCUGUUUCGAAAAAAAAAGCUAAAUGGAGAAAAAGAAAAAACUGCUGAUGUGUGCGUGUUUCAAAUCCUCGAAGAAGCGUGGUUGGUGUUUGUGCAUUUGGUGUGCUUGAUUGGACAGAUAUAAAACGAUCAUUUGUGAGAUUAAAGCGUGUGGAUGUAUGUGUUCGAAGCAGUUUGUAUCUUAUGUUCUGUCGAAGGAUGCAUUUUUGUUUUUCAUUUCGCUAUUGUAGAUGAUUGGAGAGCAAAGAUAAAAAGGAAACAGUUGUUUUCUGAAGGAAUAAAUGAGCGUUUUUACAUAGUU